GGUUAAAACGAUUUACACUGCGAUAACGACAAUAGGUAUGUAAUAGGAAAGCAGGACUCGAAUAUACUUGCUAAAGUAAACUUAACUAAACUCACCUUAGGUAAUUAGUUCUAGUUAGUUACAUGUAAUUCCUCCACUUCAUACAUUCUCCUUUCCUCUUUCUCCUCCUCUUCAACUUCCAAUUCCAAUGCCCAAUUCUUCCUAUACGUAACAAGCUACGCGCACAAUGACCUCUUCCGAUCUUCAACCUCCCCUCGAUACGGCCCGACAUAUUCGUUACUGGCAACGAUGUUUCCGUUCUGUACUCCCUCAUCACUACGUGAGCAAUGAUAGUAUUCGUCUUACUCUCGGAUUCUUCAUAGUCGCCGCUCUCGACCUCCUAUCCUCGCCUUCCUCAUACUCCGAACCUCCAAAGGAUCCCUUGAAAGCCUCUCUUAUAAGCCGAGAAGAUCGUACCCGCUUAAGAGCCUGGGUUCUGUCACUACAACACCCGCAAGGUGGUUUCUGCGGUUCACCUCACCAUGUUCUACCAGCAAAGUAUACCACCAAGUGGGAUGCUAUUAACAAUGUCGAAUCCGCAUUAGACCCAGCCAAUGCUAAUAUGGCUGCUACCUACUUUGCCCUACUUCUGCUGGGCAUUUUAGCCGAGGAUGACGGCUCAAAAGCAUUCGAGGGAGUAAACCGCAUAAAAACUCUGCGCUGGCUCAAAACAUUGCAAAGGGACGACGGAAGCUUUGGCGAAAUCAUUGACGAGGAUGGAUAUGUAGGGGGAGGAAGGGAUAUGCGGUAUUGCUACUUGGCUGCUACCAUAAGGUGGGCUCUUGCGGGAGCUGAGACGGGCGAAGACUUUAACGUUGAUGCUCUUGUGGCGCACAUACGACGAGGGCAAACUUUCGAUGGCGGUCUAGGCGAGAGUUCGACACACGAAAGUCAUGCUGGAUAUGUGUAUUGUGCCGUAGCAGCACUAUCCAUUCUUGACCUCACCAACCCAAAGGCGGCUACGGAACCGGAUCGGUACCUUCGAGCCGGCAUUCCCUCCAUUCCGUCCUUAGUGCAUUUCCUAGCUUGCCGCCAAUUUGACUACCUCGAACCCGAUUCCGACGACGAAAGUGAUGAAUCCAGGAACCACCCUCUACCCGAUAUAUCUGCCUUAGCUAUAUCAGAUGCACCUCAAAUAGCUGGCUUCAAUGGUCGCCUGAACAAGGUCGCCGAUACGUGCUAUACGUGGUGGGUCAGCGGUGCGUUGUUCAUGCUCGGCGAAAGCCAGGUCAUCGAUCGCGGUCCCGCCAGGAAAUUCAUACUAGAGAAGACGCAACACAUGAUUGGCGGAUUCGGAAAACAUCCCGGUGCUCCUCCCGACGUGUAUCACGGAUACUUAGGGCUCGCUGCUUUGGCAACCUUAGCCAAGGCUGAGGGCGACGAAAAAAAGGAGGAAGGCUUAGGGAGAUUCGACCCGCGUCUAUGCAUAGGAAUUGAGGCCUCUCGGAGGCUUACUAAGGCUAGGGAGGCAUUCUUGGCCUCUCCGGAAGAAGACGAUGAUAGCGACGAUGAUUGGGCGCGUGAGACUGAAAAGAUAAAAAAGGAACUCGACUGGGAUAAAACCAGAGAAACCAUUGCACGACUAGAGGCUAAAUGGAAGGCCGAGGGCAAAAUACCUAUUCACGAGAUGGAUAAGUGGAAUCCUUUCUACCCACCGAAGCUGGACGAUUUGGACGCCUAAACAGAGUAACGAGCUGAACCAACAUAAUUAAAGCAUAUCUACUUCUUUGCUUUCUCUCAUGAUUUCUCCGGAACGCGCUAUACUGUUAGAAAUUUGAGAUUCGAGGGAGAAAUUAAUUAGAUUAGAACGGGACUUAGAGGAUAAAUUAUCAGAAGACGGCGGUGGGAUUGUAUGGUUCGAAAAGUCGAUUAUGAAUCAACUGACUGGUCAAAUAUGUCCGUUCGGAUAGGAGAAUGCGCUGAACAAAGAACGAUAGCGAGCGUUUGCUUUAGGUAGUCACAAUAAAAAAAAUCGAUACCCUUCCCCUAAUCGAUUUAGGACUGCAUUGUCGAAAUAGAGAUUGACGAAUCACUAGGACUAGGUAGGACUCACGUCUUAUAUGAAAAAUAGCUACAUGUAUCUAGGUAGGUUAAGAGGUACUUAGGCA